AUGCAAUCGGAGAUUGAACGUCUCAGCUCUCUGGUCCAAGCUCUGACCGAAAACCAAACUCCCACUGUUGUCUCAGAAGCAUCGCAACAGGCACAGGAUUUUCCACGGGGCCUCGAUACGAUUCAAACACCUGUACCGCUGAGCUGGACUUCAGAAGCGACUCGUGAAGUCAGUCAGUGGGCCCGGCCAAGAGUGUCCCCCAACACUAUAGGAUCAACGAGUAUCUAUAAUCUAGACACUGGGUUUGAACCACCCAUACAUGCAAACUUGAGCGGCCCGGGCCUUCCGCGGCCCGUAUGGCCAUCAGGUGUCUACGAUCUGCCCUAUCGACAAGCGACAUAUAGAUGCUUUACGGAGAAAAUCAACGCCUAUGAGCAUCUGCUGGAGGAUGACUUUCUUCUGUCAUUAGACCUGUCCCUCAACCAGCGACUAGAUUCGGUGUUGCUUCUCCUCGCCGUGAUCUCCGCGGCUACUGUGGUUAGAGGGGAGCUGGAAAUGGGAGACGCUGUAUCUCAAGCCGCGGAGCCAUGCAUCCUAAAUGCGUCCGGAAUUCCUGGAUCGUCGCUGAAUCUAUUCCGAGCGUUGACCAUUUUCGCCUGGCGUGAGCUCACUGUAGGUGGUAGUAAAACUCGCGCUUGGUUGUUUGUCUGUCUGGCCGCCGGAUUGCUGCAACAGCUGGGAGUUUUUGACUGGACCGAGCUUUACAUUGGACAGACUCGCCACACGCCACAGUAUCGCGCACAAGUGGCCGCUUUUUGGGCCUUUUCGCACGUCGAUCGCAUUUGUACGGCACUCCUGGGCAGAACAUCGACGAUUCCAUGGCAGCGGAUUUGCAUACCUCGGUACUCAUCUCUAUUUGAGCCGAUGGAGGCAGGGUCACUGGCCAUCGAGGGGCUAUAUUUUGAUCACUUGUGGUCCCUGUGGCAGAAUCAGGGGUAUUAUAUGCACACUAUUUACUCGCCACGGUUCAGCACCUUGCAAGAGCCCAAGCGACAGGAGAUGCUCUUCGAUUGCCGUCGCGCGCUCAUGAAUAUGCGGACCUCUGUAUGUCCUCGCCUCAGUUUCUCUUCUUCCAAAUCUACCGGUCAUCAUCCUUUCGUUUAUUUUUUGCAUAUGGCUAUUGAGACCUCCCCAAUGAUUUUGCUUCUUCCAUUCCUUAGUAGAACCAGUCAUCAACAACUAUCCUCGUUGCUCCAGGAGAUGUUUCGAUCCGCAUUCAAUGUCACAGACAUUCUCCUUCAGUAUCGGAAAGCCCACCCCCUUGUGAAAUGUCCGCCGAUGAUAGUAUAUUAUCUCGUGCGCUCCUCGGUAUUUCUGCUCUUACUCGCCACAUCAACUGAUACGGCCUUUGAGCGCCGCGCUGCCCGUCGCUUGAAAGUAGUACUAGAGAGUCUCGAAGAAAUGCAACAGCCUUGGUGGCAGCAAGCCAGCCGUGCCGUUCAUUUCAUCCAGAGCCUGGCCACUCGAUGGGGUGUACUUAGAGCGCUACCGUUGCGGUUCAGUUAUUCCCCUGCCUUUCAAUUAUCGCUCCAGAAUCACAACGCAUUACUACAUGAUCGCAUCGAGGUGGAUGAACACACUUUUGACGCGUCUUCAUUGGAUUUCAAUUUUACAGACGCCGAUUUUGAGGCAAUGCAAUCUGUCAUUGCUAAUGAAGACAUUUUCAAGGCCUUUCUAGAGGAAAGCGUGUCAUUUGAUUCGUGA